GUUUCCACUCUCAGUCACCAACUCCCUUUCGUUCACUCAGUGCUAAGUCCUCCUCGUACCAUGUGGUUUGCUCAACUCUUUCCUGUUGGAUGCAUCUUCAGUUGAUUUUAUGUUUGGAAUGUUGGAAUUUGGAAACUGGUUUUCAGACUUUUGAUGAUGGCAGAAGAAAUUGCUCCUCCAACUACAGACUUGAAGAUGACGGAACAUCUCACCUCAAACGCUGAAGGACCUACAAGCUUACUCAAGAAAUGCAGAGAUAUAUCAGUUAAACCCCUAUUGUUGACAGUGUCACUGUUGUGUCUCCAACGCAUUCUGUUGGCCAGGAGGAGGAGAGAAAAGGAAGAAGAGGAGGAGGAGAAGGAGGAGGCCUGCGGGAAAAGUUUGGCUCAACUUGUGUGAAACUUUUCUCGGUCAUUCAACACCGAAGCGCCGGAGAGGACAGCGCGCACUCCGCAGCGCGCAGCAGGCAUCAAACCACACAGAGAGAUGGAUCGACUGCUUCUUCUUUUCCUACUGGCGCUUAUCGACGCGCUGCUAUGGCAGUGCUGCCGUGCCCAGCAGAGAGGACUGUUCCCAGCUGUGCUGAAUCUGGCUACUAUGGCAGACAUAACAACUAACGCUACCUGUGGCGCAAAUGGUCCAGAGAUGUUCUGUAAGCUGGUGGAACACGUGCCUGGUCAGCCUGUGAGGAACGCACAAUGUCGAAUCUGCAACCAAAGGAGUUUAAAUCCAGUUGAGCAUCAUCCUAUUGACUAUGCCAUAGAUGGAACCAACCGUUGGUGGCAGAGUCCAUCUAUUAAGAACGGGAUGGAUUACCACUAUGUGACAAUCACACUGGACUUAAAACAGACUUUCCAGAUUGCAUAUGUGAUAAUCAAGGCAGCCAACUCCCCUCGCCCAGGUAAUUGGAUCUUGGAGCGUUCAAUAGAUGGUGUGACUUUUGAACCUUGGCAGUACUACGCCAUCACAGACACGGAGUGUCUGACGCGGUUCAACAUAAAUCCACGGACAGGACCUCCAUCCUACACCAGAGAUGAUGAAGUGAUCUGUACGUCAUUUUAUUCAAAGAUUCAACCACUGGAGAAUGGAGAGAUCCACACGUCCCUGAUCAAUGGGCGGCCCAGUGCAGAUGACCCAUCUCCGACCCUUCUAAACUUCACCUCUGCCCGCUACAUCAGGCUGGUGUUCCAGCGAAUCCGGACGCUGAACGCUGACCUCAUGACUCUGACACUCAGCGACCCCAGAGAUAUCGAUCCUAUUGUGACAAGACGGUACUAUUAUUCCAUUAAGGACAUCUCAGUUGGAGGGAUGUGUAUCUGUUAUGGCCACGCCAAAGCCUGUCCACUCAACCCUGCUACAAAGAAGUUUAGCUGUGAAUGUGAGCACAACACAUGCGGGGAGAGCUGUGAUCGCUGUUGCCCGGGUUACCACCAGCAGCCAUGGAUGGCCGGAACCUUCCUCACCCGACACGUCUGCGAGAGGUGCAACUGCCAUAAUAAGGCAGAGGAGUGCUACUUUAAUCAGACGGUGGCUGACCUAUCACUGAGCCUCGACAUUCGUGGUCAGUACCGAGGCGGUGGCGUCUGUAUUGGCUGCCGUGACAACACAGCUGGAAUCAACUGUCAAAGCUGCAUUUCUGGUUACUACAGACCUACAGAGGUGAGCGCAGAUGAAGAAGACCCCUGCAUCCCUUGCUCUUGUGACCCACAUGGUUCUAUCAGCCAAACCUGUGUUGCUGAUGAAAGCCAAGCUUCACCCAGUCAGCCAGUAGGGUCAUGCUGGUGUAAGGAAGGUUUUGGGGGUCUGCGAUGUGACAGAUGUGCCGUUGGUUAUAAAGACUACCCAACCUGUGAACGCUGUAAUUGCAGCGUGGAAGGAAGCAUCAACGCCGACCCUUGUGUGACCCCCUGUAUAUGCAAGGAAAAUGUUGAAGGAGAGAACUGUGAUCGGUGUAAACUUGGUUUCUACAAUCUGCAACGUGGUAAUCGACGUGGCUGCGAAAAGUGCUUCUGCAUGGGCAUUGCAAGCCAAUGUUCUUCCUCCAAUUGGUACUUUGAGAAUGUGACCACGCUGGCUGGCUGGCACCUGGUUGGAGAGACAGAAGGGAGGGUGUGGCCUGUUCACAGAGAGACGCCUUCCUAUCUGACCGUCCGACACUCGGAUGUUGUGAGCGAUCUUGGCUCCGCCUACUACUGGAACGCACCUGCCAUGUAUCUGGGAAACAAGAUUUCUGCCUAUGGAGGAGAUGUGGUGUUCACUGUUUCCUAUACAGCGCCUCAGCAAGAACAAGUGGUCAUCAGGGUCACUUCAGAGCCUGACCUUAUCAUAGAGGGAGGCGGGAUGAAACUUGUAGACAGCAGGUUUGGCCAGCCGGUGUAUCCAUCCUCGACCAGCACCAAACACAUUGUUCUCCUUCCUGAGAACUUCCUGGUUUUAGAGACAGGACAGCCCAUCAGUAGGAGAGAUUUCCUGUUGGUGUUGGCCAAUGUGACGAGUUUAAUGGUGCGGGCCUCAUACAGCACGGAAACGAGCGCUAUCUACAGGCUCCACUCAUUCUUAAUGCAGGUGGCAAGUCCUGUUGCCAGUGGAAAGAUAGCAUCAGCUGUAGAAAUGUGUGCCUGUCCUCCUGGAUAUGGAGGAUUAUCUUGUGAGACUUGUCAUCCUGGUUUUCGGAGGAUCCACGGUAAACUGCAUAAUGGUGUGUGUGAACCGUGCCGCUGCCAUGGACACAGCUCGCAUUGCCAUGAGUUCACAGGGUAUUGCCUGGACUGCACCCACCACACUGCUGGCCACCACUGUGACACCUGCCUACCUGGUUACUAUGGCAACGCCACCCAUGGGACAUCUCAAGACUGUCAGCCAUGUGCCUGCCCACUUAAUCUUCCCAGCAACAACUUCAGUCCCACGUGCCACCUUGGUGAACGAGGAGAGCCGCUCUGUGACCGGUGUCAGCCUGGGUACACGGGGCCAAGAUGCAACAGAUGUUCCAAUGGGUACUACGGACAGCCCACUGUACCAGGAGGAUCCUGCCAACCCUGCACUUGCAAUGGCAAUCUGGACCUAUCUGGAUCUGAUAGCUGCGAUCCGAUCACAGGCCAGUGUUUGAGGUGUCGCCAGGGUUACGAUGGCCUGACUUGUGACAACUGCGCAGAAGGUUACUUUGGAGAUGCCAUCACAUUAAAAAACUGCCAACCCUGCCACUGCCACACCAAUGGUUCUGUAUCAGACGUUUGCAACAAGGAGAACGGUCAGUGCCAGUGCAAAGAAAAUGCAAUUGGACGACAGUGCGAUAAGUGCAUGCCUAACUGCUGGUGGGACGCUGAGCUUCAGGAGUGUAUGGCCUGUCGCUGCAGUCCGUACGGCGCCAUCUCCCAGCGGUGUGACGACGAGGGCCGCUGCAGCUGCCGCCCCGGCUUCGUGGGCCGACGCUGUGACCUUCGUCGCCUGGGUUACGAAAGGCGGGAAACGCGGCGGCCUGUUGAGCGCGUUCCCAUGGAAGCUGUGCAGCAGAGGUGGGGGGGGACCUCCCGCACAACAGGGGGUUGUCCCAGGGGAGCGUACAGGCCUCAGACGGGGCCUCAGACUCACGGCAUCACGACAGGUGGAGUGUGUGUUCCGUGUCACUGCAACUCAUUCGGUUCAAAGUCAUUCGACUGCGACGAAACGGGUCAGUGUCGUUGUCAGCCAGGUGUCUCUGGACCCAAAUGUGACCGAUGCGCACGAGGAUUCUUCAACUUCCAGGAGGGUGGCUGCACACCCUGCCAGUGCAGUCAUGUGGGAAACAACUGUGAUGCAAAUACUGGACAGUGUAUCUGCCCUCCCAACACAAUCGGUGAGAGGUGUGACCGCUGUGCGCCCAACCACUGGGGCCAUGAUAUCACAACUGGAUGUAAGGAGUGUGGCUGCAAUGCGAUCGGCUCAGUGACCCAGCAGUGCAACGUCAACACGGGCUGCUGCUCCUGUCGCGAUUCCUUCAGAGGGGAGAAAUGCGAUGAAUGUAAAAUCGGGUACAGAGACUUCCCUCAGUGCAUCCAGUGCGAGUGCAGCGCUGCAGGAUCAGACAGCCAAACCUGCGACCUGGAGAGAGGAGUGUGUGCCUGUGCAGACCGAACAGGAAAAUGUAGCUGCAAGGAAAAUGUGGAAGGGCACAACUGUGAUCGCUGUAAAUCGGAUACAUUUGGACUAUCUGUGAAAAAUCCACUUGGCUGCAGCAAGUGCUACUGUUAUGGACUAACAUACUCGUGCACGGAGGCACAAGGACUUAUUAGGAUGUGGUUGACGCUGAGGCCAGAGCAAACCGUGCUCCCCCUGGUGGAUAAAUCCAACACUGUGGAGAGGAGGACAGGAGUUAGCUUCCAGCAUCCUGAGAUCCUGGCUUAUGCAGAUUUGGUCACGGCGACUCUGUCCGAACCGUACUACUGGAAACUGCCAGAGCAGUUCACAGGCUCUAUGAUCACAGCCUAUGGCGGUCAGUUGAAAUAUGCUGUAUACUUUGAAGCCAGAGAGGAAACUGGCCCUUCAUCCUAUGAGCCUCAAGUCAUUAUUAAGGGUGGGCCCAACCACAAUAUUAUAAUAACACGGCACAUUCCAGGACUUCAGAUUGGUCAGCUCACCCGUCAUGAGAUCGACAUGUCAGAGCAUGAAUGGAAGUACGAAGAUGGCCGCUCCAUGACUCGAGAGGACUUCAUGGAUGUUUUGUUCUACGUGGACUACAUCCUAAUAAAGGCAUCACACGGCAAUCUGAUGAGACAUAGUCGGAUUUCAGAGAUCAGCCUGACAGUAGCAGAGGAAGGAACACCGACGGAACAAAACGAGAAAGCCCAUCAAAUAGAAAAAUGUGACUGUCCAGCUGGAUACUCUGGGUUUUCUUGUGAGGAAUGUGCUGCAGGUUUCUAUCGCCUCCGUGCUGGGUCGCUGGUUUUUGUUCCAGCAUCCAGAGCACCUACAGCUGCCGGCAUGGGUAGCUGUGUCCAGUGUCAGUGCAGUGGGCAUUCCUCUACUUGUGACCCUGAGACAUCCAUAUGCCAGAACUGCCAAGACAACACCGAGGGGGAUCACUGUGAACGCUGCGCUCCAGGAUUCUACGGUGUGGUCCGAGGUUCUUCAGAUGACUGUAAACCGUGUGCUUGCCCCCUGACCAACCCUGAGAAUAAUUUUAGUCCUACAUGUGUAGCAGAAGGAUAUGAUGACUACCGUUGUACCGCCUGUCCUGAAGGAUAUGAGGGAAAAUACUGUGAAAGGUGCGCUUCUGGUUACCACGGUAACCCCAGGAUGCCAGGUGGUCACUGUGAGGAGUCCUGUGACGAUGAGUGCUCAGGUUUGCUUAUAAGUGAUAUGGACCGUCUCUAUCGCAUCAUCAGCGAUGUCAGUCUGACUACACCCUUGCCACCGCCUUAUAAAGCCUUGUACCGCUUUGAGAACAUGACGGAGGAGCUCAAGCACAUGUUGUCGCCUCAGAAAGCUCCGGAGAGAUUACUGCAACUGGCCGACUCCAACCUGGGAUCACUGGUCGUUGAGAUGGACAAGCUACACAGCAGGGCGACUAGGGUAUCUGCUGAUGGCGAGCAGGUGGAGGAUGAUGCUAACAGGAUUCAUAAACGAGCUGAGGACCUGGAGCAGUUCAUCAAAGACACGCUGCUGGGGGCUAAAGACCUCCAAUCCAAGGCUGCUGAGUUGAACAGGACUCUCUCUCGGAAAGAUGGAAGUGCAGAAAAAAGCCUUAGCGAGAUGAAGGACGAGAUCCAGGCAAUGCUAGCCGAGAUGAGAAAACGACAGCUGGGAGGGAUGAAAAGUAUUGCAGAAGAAGAGGAGGACCUGGCGGAGCAGCUGUAUCAGAAAGUCAAAAGAAUGUUUGGUGACCCUCAUCAAGCCACUGAAGACCUGAAAGCAGAGAUAAAAGAGAAGCUGUCUGAUCACGAGGGGAAGCUCCAGGAGGCUCAAGCUUUGCUGCACUCCGCCCGGGGAAAGGCGAGGCAGGCUGGCUCGCUGGCAGACCAAAACAAGGCCAACCUUACUCUUCUGCAGAGGAAGCGAGAUGCAGUCAGUGCUGUGAAACAAGAUUCGCAGAAGAUUCUGGGAGAGGGAAAUGAUCUACUAGACGAGGCAAACCAGCUCUCUGACAACAUCAACAAGGAGCUGGAGGACUUGCAGGAGAUGGAGAGAGAGCUUCGCCCUCUUCAUAAUCAGCUGGAUGACAAAGUUCAGGGCCUUACCGACGGCUUGAGCGAUGGCCGCCUGGCUGAACAUGUCCGCGAAGCAGAGGAACAUGCCAAGCAGCUAAAUGAAUCAGCAACCAUUUUAGAUGGUAUUUUGGCUGAAGCAAAAAACCUUUCCUUUAAUGCAACUGCUGCUGUCCAUGCUUAUAGCAACAUUAAAGCAAAUGUUGAUGCAGCGGAGAAAGAGGCAAAGGCAGCCAAACAGACCGCAACUGAGGCUCUGGCACUGGUUUUGGGUCCAGAUGUCCCAGUAAAAGAGGCAGCUCAAAUUGCUCUCCAGAAGAGUCAAAUACUGCUGAACAAAGCCAAACAACUUCAGAAUGACGUUAAAGAGAAUGCAGACACUGUGGCCGGACUGAAGGGCAGAGUUAAAGCAGCAAAAGACAAAACCAAAGGCCUUCUAACAGCCGCUGAUGGAACCCUGGCAACGCUCAACGCCAUCCCCAAUGAUACGUCUGCUAAACUGGCCGCUACGAAAGCAGUAGCAGCGGAUGCCAAUGCUACAGCCAUUGACAUUUUAGAGCGCCUUGCAGAUCUGAACCUGCGACUUGGAGGCCUGCAGCUGAACUGCAGCGACCUGGAAGAAAGUGUUGAUGCAGCCAAUCAGAUGAUCCAGGACCCUGAAAAAAACACAAUCAUCCAUGCUGCAGGAGCUAAAGUAAAAGAUUUGGAGGAUGAAGCCGACAGACUGCUGGAGAAGCUGCAACCGAUAAAAAAGCUUCAAGACAAUUUGAGGCGCAACAUCUCCCAAAUAAAGGAACUGAUCAACCAGGCCAGGAAGCAAGCAAACUCAAUCAAAGUCUCAGUUUCAUCAGGUGGUGACUGCCUCCGUAGUUAUCGCCCCGACAUCAGAAAAGGGAGAUACAAUACCAUCAUCCUCCAUGUUAAAACCACCACACCUGACAACCUCCUUUUUUACCUGGGAUCAGCCAAAUAUGUUGAUUUCUUGGCCCUGGAGAUGCGUAAGGGGAAAGUGAAUUUCCUUUGGGAUGUGGGUUCAGGUGUGGGAAGGGUUGAAUAUCCCCAUCACACAAUCAACGAUGGGAACUGGCACCGGAUAGAAGCAUCUCGUAAUGGUCUGAAUGGUACCAUAUUGGUGUAUCCUUUGGAAGGCCCUAUGGCUGGCAUGAUGCCAACCCCAGCCAGCGCCAACUCACCCACAGCUUACACCAUCUUAGACGUUGACCAGAACGCCUACCUGUUUGUUGGAGGAAUUCUCGGCACUGCAAAGAAGGCAGAAGCAGUGAGAGCAUCGACAUUUACUGGCUGCAUGGGAGAGACCUUCUUGGACGGUAAACCUAUUGGUCUGUGGAACUACAGAGAGAGACAGGGAGAUUGUAAAGGUUGUGUUGUCAGUCCUCAGCGAACUGACGGUGAGGGCACGGUUCAGCUGGACGGCGAAGGCUACGCUGCAGUGGGACGGCCCACAAGGUGGAACCCAAAUAUUUCCACCAUAACCUUCAAGUUCCGCACGUUUUCCUCCGACGCGCUGCUAAUGUACCUGGCCACUGAAGACAUGAAAGACUUCAUGUCUCUGGAGCUGUCGGAAGGAAAGGUGAAAAUGAAUUUCGACCUUGGAUCGGGAGCUGGGAGGGCCAUAUCAGCUAACCGCCACAAUGAUGGACGCUGGAAAGCUCUCACCAUGUCAAGGAACAGGAAACGGGCGAUUGUGACUGUUGUGGACAUCGACGGAGGUAAUGAAGAAAAGCUUGUGGCAGUAUCUCAGGGUUCAGCUACUGGUCUUAACCUAAAGGAAAACCAGAAAAUCUAUUUCGGGGGUCUGCCAACGAUCGGAAACUACAGGUCAGAGGUGACUUUGAAGAGGUAUGCAGGUUGUCUUAGAGACGUUGAAGUCUCCAGAACUCCAUAUAAUCUCCUCAGCAGCACCGAUUACACUGGCGUGACUAAAGGAUGUAAAGUCGAGAACCUGUAUACAGUGAGUUUCAGUAAACCAGGAUACAUGCAGCUGGGCGGCCUGUCGCUCGCCGUCGGCACCGAGAUCAGCUUGUCCUUCAGCACUCUGUCGGACACUGGCAUUAUACUGCUGGCAGUGGGAGGGGCUUCACCAGUCAACCAGGAGGUUCGCAGGUCAAACUUAAAUUCAAAGAGAAGACGAAGGCAGUCAGGAGAGCCCUACCUUUCAGUCAUGCUGAACAAAGGCGUUCUUGAGGUCCUAAUAAAUACGGGCACUCAUAGUCAGCGUCGUGUCAUCAGACGACCUGACCAAGGAGACCUGAAUGACGGCAGAGAGCAUUCGCUGCGCAUAGAAAGGCUUGCUGGAAGGUCCUUUGCAGUGCAGGUGGAUGAGGAACCCAAGAUGGAAGCGGCGCUCCCCAAUGACCAGCCAAUUAGGCUGCAGCACAUUUUCCUCGGUGGUAUUCCAGCAGAGGUGGAGCAGACAUCCAACAGAGUCAACGUCCCGUUCCAGGGAUGCAUAUGGAACCUUAUGGUCAAUUCAAUUCUCUCAGAUUUCUCCCAGCCCGUUUCCUUUGAAAAUGCCGAAAUUGGCCAAUGCCCGAACCUUGCUCCACCACCACCUCCCCUUCCUCUACCAGAGGAGAAGGAAACGGAGGAAAAGGAGCCGGACUCCAAACCAGUCAGUCCUCCGCUGACCCCAGCUCCUGGCACCCCCCCUCCUGGUCGUCCAGAUGAGGCCACACCCCCUGGCCCAGCUGCUGCCACGCCUCUCUCGCCUGCUGCUGUAGCACCACCCACUGCUAAACUGGACCCCAGCACAGACCCGGACUCGUGUGCAUCAGCUGUGGCCCCGACGUCGCUGGAAAAGGCAUAUCAGUUUGGACUGACCAGAAACAGUCACAUGAGCUUCGCCUUUGAUGACACCAAAGUCAGAGAGAAGUUGUUUUUGGAGUUCGAGCUGAGGACAAAGGAGCUUUCUGGCCUUGUGCUCUACAUGGCAAGAAUAAACCAUGCAGACUUUGUUUCAAUUCAGAUCAAGGAGGGACAAGCUUGUCUUGGUUAUGAUCUUGGUCACGGAAACAUCUCUGGUUGCGUUCCUUUCUCCAUUAAUGAUGGUAACUGGCACAAAAUCCGUGUGCAACGUACCAAACAGAGAGCUGUGCUAACAGUUGAGCGUCGAUACAUGAAGCAGAUGAUCAGUCCAAAGACGGCGGACCUUUUAGAUGUGGUUGGAACGGUGUAUGUUGGUGGAUUACCGCAAAACUACACCACCAAAAGAAUAGGACCAAUUCUUUACAGUAUCAAUGGGUGUAUCCGUAACUUAACAAUGGGUGGAAGCCCUGUGAGCACUAGGCCAUCUCCAACAGUGGUCGGUGAGGACUUUAAACUGGACAUGGCUGCACCCACCUCCAGUUACAUGGUUGGGAGAUGUUUCGUUGCUACCGAAACAGGAACCUAUUUUGAUGGAACUGGGUAUCUGAAAGCUGUUUCGUCCUAUAGGGUGGGUCUGGAUGUGUCAAUAGCAUUAGAGUUUCGAACCAGCAAAACCAGUGGAGUCCUCUUGACAGUCAGUAACCAAGCCAAUGAUGGACUGGGUUUGGAGAUCGUCGAUGGCAAGCUGCUUUUCCAUGUCGACAACGGAGCUGGCCGAGUCACUGCAGAGCACGUGCCUGAAGGCAAGAGCUUCUGUGAUGGCCAGUGGCACAGCGUCACUGCCAACAAGCUUCGCCACAAGCUGGAGCUGGUGGUCGAUGGGGAAAAGAGCCAAGCGCAGUCUCCCAACGCUCGCUCCAACACCUGCGAUACCAACGAUCCCAUCUAUGUCGGAGGAUAUCCUGCUGGAGUUCGCCAGGCAGCUCUUUCAAGCAGCUCAUCCUUCAGAGGCUGUAUGAGGAACCUGAAAAUCACCAAGGCCUCUAAGACCAUGGAUGUGCAGUUCAACAAGGCCCUGGAGAUCAAAGGAGUUCAGCCUCUCUCCUGCCCUGCUGCCUAACGCUACAAUCUUCUUCCAGUGAUACCAUUCAGAAGAACUACCCUAACCCUAUAAAGCAUGGUGUUUAUUACAUUUAGACUAGGGCUGUGUUUGAAGCUGGACAGUUCAAACCCCAUUUUCCUUUCAUUGAUGCAACUCUUUAAAACUUUAAAGUACCGAACGGCUGUUAAACCUCCAAUGGAUCUAUGUGUUAUUGCAGAGUAAUGUUUGAACAUUCCCUUAAAUCCCACAAUCAUGAUCUGCUGAGCCUUCAACUGGGGAAAAAAAACUAAACAAGUUAGAGCAAAAAUCCUGUUUGUUGUAGCCAUCUGUGUCAGCAUUCUUUUUACAGUAUUUUUUUAUAAAACGAGGGUGCAAAUCUAUGCUUCCAAAUUUGCCGUUAUAAUGCUCUGUUAAAUUAUAAAAGCACAGUGGUGGGACAAAAAGCUCGGUAUUUUUAGCAUCAUACUCCCUUUGCCUACAAGAUCCUCUUUAAACAGCUGACAGGCUUAAAUCUGAGUCCUGCAACAUUAUCCAGGAGUCUGUCUCGACUUUUGACAAAGACUCUCCUGGAUAGGUGUCAAUGUUUUCAGAAGAAACUGAGCGAAAGUCCGGCUCCCUCCGAUUUAAGCCCGUUAACUGUUGCAAUGACCCCGAUAACUGAGAAAUUUGUGAUGCUUACAAAUUUCUUUAUUUCACAGUGAGGCAAAUACGUUUCUUAAAGCCUGCUGACUUUCUUCAUUUGCUCAAUUACAAACAAGACCACAGCCCCUGAUAAUUUACUUCAAAUGCUGACAGGAUAUCUAUGUGAAGCCGGAAAAUGCGUUUGUCAUUGAGUGAAUUCAGUAUUUGACUACCAUUUAUUUGCUGAUAUUGCACACAAAACAGUUAACCAUUUAUAGAUGCUACAGACCUUAAAUCUUGUGCAUAAAACACACAUGUUAACGGAAUCAAUUUCUUCAAUCCAUCUCCACUACAAUAGACAGACCAGAGCAUCAGAGGCAGAUGGUAGAUCUGCCCAAGACUGGAAUAGGGUCGAAAAAAAUUCAGCUAGAAGUUUAAGGUGAAGGUUCAGGGUGGUGGAGGAAUUAUUUGGAAAUGGUAAAGCAGUUCUCCUCAGGCAGCAGCUCUAUGCAGGGCUCAUUUGGUGAAGCCAGUCAUGAGAGACAUAAGAGAUCAGGUCAAAGUUACACUGUAAGAGCUUGUAAAUGAUCCAAAGGCAGUAAGGACCAUGGUCAGCUGAAACACCUGUGGUAAUGCACCAUGGUGUAGUGGAUUCCCCUGCUAAGGUUUCCUAUGAACAUCUAAAGGAUGCAGAGAAGCCUUGAGUAAAACAUGAUGCAUUUAGAUGAAACAGAAUUUUUGCAUUUUUGUAUCAACUACUGAAUCAUGCAUGACCUGAUCAUCUUAACUGCUGAGUAAUAAGGUGGAAAUAUUGGGUUUAGGGAGGAGGUUAAAGUCAAUGAUAAAUUUGGGGUGGUUAUGGAUCAGUCUUUAGUCAUGACUCCAGAUGCACUGCUAAAACCACCAUGUGACCUAAAGCAAAAUCCACAAGGGAGUAGUUAAACAACUUAAAGGAUUUAGAGUUUCUGGAUCAAAAUCGCAGCAACACAAAAUGUGAGCGCUGUCCCCAACAGCAGACAUUUCUAAGUCUUCCUUUGAUGGUUUCUGUCUCUGCACAUUGAUAUCUAAUAUUCAAGGGUGUUUCUUUUUUGUAAGUGUGCAAAAGGAGUGUCGAAAAUCAGCAGGAGAUUAAAUAUUCUUUUUGCCGCAGUUAUCCGUUUUUCCAGUAUGAUUUGCCGAUGGUUUAAAUGACGCCUUUCAAGAUUACUCAUCUCCCUUUUUCACAAAUGUACUUAUGUGAUAAACACAAAGGAGACCAUGUUUGAUGUGAAAGAAAAAUGAUGCAUGGCUUUAAAAAUGUCUUAUGAAUAAAAUCUGAAAAGUGUGGCGUGCCUUUUUAUUCAGCCUCUUACACUGAUGCCUUUAAAUAAAAAUCAAGAGCGAC